CCAACGUUGACUUCUGCACCCAACUGAAGCAUAAGGUGAAGAACUGAGGGACAGAGGAAAUCAAAGGAGAGACAGAGACUUGAUCAGGAGGAAUAGAAAAACCGGAGGGGGAAAAAAAACAACGGAAAAGUUGUCCGUUUCUUUUCCUCCUUCCUUUCCAACUGAAAGUUGCCGUCUUCUUCUUCCUUCCUUCACCAAACCCUCGAAAAUAAUAUUCAGAAAAUUCAUACCAAAUCAAACGCCUAUCUAGACACUAAUAAAAAAACCUGUCCCCUCCUUCCAUGUUAAAACCUCCGGGAAACAUUCAUCUCGGAGCCCUUAAAGGCCCUUUUCAUUUAUUGUCCUCCCAUGAAUUCAUCCCUCGACGGUUUCCGCUUCAGAGUCCUUGAAAUCUUCGGUUAUUAGUUUGCAGAGCUCGAUUGCUUUGCUUUUUCCCGUCGCUUUCCUCCCCUCUCCCAAUUUUGAUCCCUGGGAGAACGAGAAAGAGAUUAUCAAUCCAACUUGAGGGAGGAGGAAAGGAAGAGACUUUAUCUAUUUUUAUCGGGGUAUAGAUUGAUGGGUAUGCUGUCAAAUCUAAGGAAUUCGAGAAAUCCAGAAGAUGGAUUGUUGCUAUCAUCGGGUUCCUCACCGCCGGCAGCUGGGCAGGCGGCGGCGGCGGGUAAGCGGAAAUGGUCAAAUUUCCUGCCGGUUUUCAUUGCUCUUGUGGUUUUAGCCGAGAUCGCCUUUCUGGGUCGUCUCGACAUGGCGAAAAAUGCUGCUGCCCGGGUCGAUUCGUGGGCAGAUAGCUUUCUUUAUCAGUCGCCGCCUGGUUUGAGGGAGAAGGCUCCGGUGGUUAGAAGAAACGAUAUGGUUUUGGGGUCGGAAACUUGCGAGGAGUGGUUGGAGAGGGAGGAUGCUGUGCCUUACUCGCGGGAUUUCGAUCAGGUUCCCAUCUUGGUCGCCGGUGCUGAGAAGGAGAGGAGGAAUUGUUCUGUGGGGUGUCAGUUCGGAUAUGACUCCAACAGAACUCCUGAUGCAUUAUUUGGUACGCUAAAUGAGAAGUCGGCAACUGUCAGUGUGCAUCGGUCAAUGGAAUCGGCUCAGUAUUAUCCAGAGAAUGAUAUUGCUAAGGCACGACGAAAUGGAUACCGGAUAGUUAUGACUACAAGUCUAUCCUCAGAUGUGCCGGUGGGAUAUUUUUCCUGGGCAGAGUAUGAUAUCAUGGCACCUCCCGAGCCAAAGACCGAGAAAGCCCUUGCAGCUGCGUUCAUUUCAAACUGUGGUGCCCGCAACUUCCGUUUGCAAGUUCUUGAUGCCCUUGAAAAAUUGAAAAUCCCAAUAGACUCUUACGGUGCUUGUCACCGGAACCGUGAUGGUAGAGUGAACAAAGUGGAGGCUCUGAAGCGCUAUAAAUUUAGCUUAGCUUUUGAGAAUUCUAACGAGGAGGAUUAUGUUACGGAGAAAUACUUUCAAUCCCUCGUUGCUGGAACCAUCCCGGUGGUUGUUGGUGCUCCAAACAUCCAAGAUUAUGCCCCUGGGCCAGGUUCGGUAUUACAUAUCAAAGCCCUUGAAGAUGUUGAGACUGUUGCAAAGACCAUGAAUGAGCUAUCCGAAAACCCUACUGCAUACAAUCAGUCGUUAAGGUGCUAUUUGUUACCAUCUGAACUCCAUAAAAGAGCGAGAUGCACAAUUUUCAGGUGGAAGUUUGAGGGCCCAUCUGAUUCAUUCAAGGCACUGGUCGAUAUGGCAGCAGUACAUUCUUCAUGCCGUCUUUGCAUUCACCUAGCUACAAUGAUUCGUGAUAAAGAAGAAAGUAGCCCAGGGUUCAAGAGACGCCCCUGCAGAUGCACACGAGGGUCCGAGAUUGUACAUCAUGUAUAUGUUAGAGAACGAGGAAGGUUCAAGAUGGAGUCGAUUUUCUUAAGGUCUGGGAACUUAACAGUGGAUGCCCUGGAGCACGAGGUGCUGAAGAAGUUCAAGUCCAUGAAACACAUACCAGUUUGGAGAGACGAAAGACCAGAAAGCAUACGAGGAGGAGAAGACGAUUACAAAGUCUACAGGCUAUACCCUGUAGGGUUGACGCAGAGGCAAGCGCUCUACUCUUUUAAGUUCACCGAUAUCGACUUACAGAAUCACCUGGAAGCAAAUCCAUGCGCUAAGUUGGAGGCCGUCUUUGUCUAGUUAACAAAUGGGACUUUCCUAUGGUCUUGAGCUUGAAUCCUCAGCUCGGCUCACCCUAAAACUGCAGGCAAUAUUUUCGGCCGAAAAGUUUAACAGUGGAUCUGUUUAACUGUCAUCCAUGUAUGAACAUUCUUGUACACAGUACAGAGUUGAAUCACUUUUAGUGUAGCUCGGGAAAACAGGAUAGGAAACAGAAUGAUUCUGGGAGAACCCUUGUUUUACUUCACUGAUCUGAGAAUGCUAUUGGUGCAUUCUGUUUAGACGAGAGAAUCUUGGUCUCAUGUUGAGCAAUUUUCCCCCCUCCUUUCGGUUCUUUUAAAUCUCUGUUGGCUUUUUACCUGCACCAUCCCCUGUGGUUUCUGUAUGUAAACAUUUGUCUUUAGUUGUUAAGAUGAUAGGAUUAACAUAUGAUUGCCACAGAUUGGUGUAGUGGUGGUUUAUGCUGGGAGG